UCAACCUCAAAACCCACACAACUUCACCUUCACCAUGGUGCGCAAUAUUGUUGUUUUGGGAGGUAACUCCCACCCGCAACUUACUGAGAAUGUCUGCCACAUUCUUGGUGUCCCAGCCAGCAAUCGCAUUUUGGGAAAAUUCUCUGGCGGCGAGAGCCGUUGCGAAAUCAAGGACUCGGUCCGUGGUAAAGACGUCUACAUCAUACAAUCCGGCUCCGGCAACGUCAACGACAACUUGAUUGAUCUAUGUAUCAUGAUUUCGGCUUGCAAAACUGGCUCUGCGAAGCGAGUCACUGCCGUCGUGCCUUUAUUCCCUUACUCUCGACAGCCCGACUGGCCCUACAACAAAGCCGGCGCUCCUUUGUCGCAAAUUUCUGGCGCUUCCAAGGACUACACAUUUGAAAGUGUCCCCCCUACACCUCGCCCUGGUGGCCCCAAGUCGGCCGGUCUGCCCAAUGGCGUCAACAACUUAACCGAGAAGCUCUCGAAAACAGCAGAGGUUGCCAACGGCGUGAAUGGUACCAACGGCCACCCUACACCUCGUCGCUCAGACACUAUCUCAAGCACCACCUCCGAAAACCGUGGUCACCACCCUGAGAACUCGACUUCCUCGCAGAGGAAUGCCUACACCACACACGAUUACGAGAACCAGUCCAACAUUUCCGUGUUCCAGCCCAAACCCGGCUACAAGCAGUGGAUUGCUCAGGCUGGUACUCUGGUUGCUGACUUGCUCACCUGCGCUGGCGCCGACCACAUUAUCACCAUGGACCUCCACGAUCCUCAAUACCAAGGCUUCUUCGACAUUCCCGUCGACAACCUAUACGGAAAGGCUCUACUCCAGAACUACAUCCAAACUAACAUCCAGGGUCACCAAAACGCUGUCAUUGUCUCUCCCGAUGCCGGAGGCGCGAAACGUGCCACUCUGAUUGCCGACAGUCUCAAGACAGACUUUGCUUUGAUCCACAAGGAGCGACGGCCCAUCCGAUUCACCGAGCAUCGAAACGCGAGUAUGAUGUUGGUUGGUGAUGUUUCGAACCGUAUCUGCAUCCUGGUCGACGACAUUAUCGACACCGGCAACACCAUCACACGAGCUGCGAAGCUCCUCAAGAAGGAGGGUGCCACCAAAGUCUACGCCCUUGUCACACAUGGAGUUUUCAGCGGCGACUCCAUUGCCCGAAUCAAUGCUUCUUCUAUUGACAAAAUGUUGGUCACCAACUCGGUUCCUCAAGAAGAGCACCGCCGACUAUGCCCCAAGCUUGAGGUACUUGAUAUCUCGCCUGUGUUUGCCGAGGCAAUCCGCCGCGUCCACCACGGAGAGUCUAUCAGUGUGUUGUUCCAGCACAAUUAAGGUGCUGAUGUUGCACUUACGGUUUGUCAACAAAAGUCCAGCCUCGAUUACACGGGGGCGCAAAGAAUGUUUGAAAGAUCUGACCGCGGACCAGACAAAUGCAACCUUUUGCCAUUGAUAUCGCAGGAUCUUAUCCCUCCCUGCAACACAUUAAAGUAUGACCUGGGAUAUUUUUGUUUGGAGUUUAUCGGGGCACUUCCAUACUAUAUUGCAUAUGUCAUUUGCCAGAUGUGGCUUUUUGGCAUUAUCUUUUCUCGACGUUUCCCAUUCACACUCAUCUACGUAUCCUGCUAAGGAAUGGAUUAUCACACAGCCGUGUGCGAAGAGGGUUAUGGGAGGAAGGGGUCUAGUUGAACGGUUGCAGCGCCGGUUGGGCACGUACUUUUCUUG